ACCACUACAUCCGAGGCUGAUGUGUUGCACAGUGUCAGCCGUAACGAGCUAGCCCUACAUUGCAGGAGAACCACUCGCGGGACCAAGGAGACCCUGGCGCUGAUUGAAAGCCUUAUUCAGGCCUUUGAUGGAGAUGCUGGUCGUGACACUAUGGGAGUCCCACUAAUAAACUCAGCCCGGAUGAGAGAGAUCUUGAAGUCCCAGCGGAAGCAUGUGGCCUGCAUCCAGGAUCCUGUAGGUGUGCAGCUCUACGUGCAGACUGGCACUGUAGUGAAGGGAGGGCACCGUCUCCCAACCUACCGCUGUGCCAGAGGCUCCACUUCGCUUGAGUCAUUUCACCUGCACCUUAACAGAUUCAUCCCAGGUACGCUGGCGAGUGACACCUUCUUACAGGCAUAUCUUUUGGAUGGACUUGCAAGGUGGAAUGAGGACCGGGCUGUGGCAGCAACAACGGAUGAGCAGCAGCCCCAUUCCUACAAUCAUCUUCUGCGUCAUGUUGUCAACACUCUUGCAGAGGAGGUUAUGGGCAAGAAAAUCAUCCCUUAUGUUGGGCCAAGAAAGUUCACUGGUGAGCUUAUUGGAGUGGAAUAUCUUUACCAGCAAACUGGUAAAGUUCUGCAAGACUACAAGUUGGCCAUUGAAGAGUCUGAGACCACUGAGGUUGGUUUAGAAGUGGAUGGAGGUUACACAAAACGGACACCUGUUGCCUCUUCACAAGCAUCAGUGUCUGCAGCAUCAUCUCCAACCCCUCCUGUCACCAGCUCCAUUUCUCCAUUGUCUGUGGUUCCUCCAUCACCAACCCCUCCUGUCUCCAGCUCCAUUUCACCAUUGUCUGCGGUUCCUCCAUCACCAUCCACAUCUGUCACCUGCUCCAUUUCACCAUUAUCUGUGGUCCCUCCGUCUCCUGUCACUAGCCCACUGCACUGCCCACUGUCAUUUAAAGCCAGGACUCUUUCCUGGAGCACAUAGGUUGGACCAGUCAUCAGCAGAAACUUCUGAACAUCUGACAUCUGAAGAGAACACUUCACAUGAUGAUUCUGUUGGACCAGAUAAUAUUGGGGGGUAUGGAGCCGUGCAGGACUUGGCUGAGUUCUUGGUUAGCCUCAGAGACCACCGUCUGGCCUUGACUGGUGAAGAGUGCGCCAAGAUCAUCACCCUAUGGCAGGCAUAUGACAAGAGGAAGACAAUUUAUCCACCACGUCACCAAACCUCCUUAAAACAGGGACGAUUCAGAGCCACAAAGAAGAUUGUGGCACCAGGUGUGGAGAGCACCAAAAGGUGUUUCGUUGGGGCUCAUAGUCCUGCACAGUGGCCUAGCUGCAACCGAGUGGUGGAGGCCAUCUUCACAAGGCUCUGUGCCCUCUAUCCAAACGUGGUGCGGUGUGAUGGAGUGAGGGUGUCCCGCUUCACAAUGGUGGUGCGUGCUUACAAGCACAUCCGAGAGUGCAUCCUCACUAAUGCUAAGGUGAUGAGCGAGACCACCAUCCAGCUCCCGGAAGUAAACAGUGCAACAGUGACACAAUGGUACCAUACCAUACCAUACCAUACCAACUUUAUUUAUAAAGC